GGAGUGGAAUCAUUCUGAUUGUGCACCUAUCACCAUAAUGGAAUUGCGUAGUGGGAAGACCGUUAGUUCUUAUACCCCUGAGCAGCAAGCAAAGAUGGCCGCCCUAGUGAAAGAAAACAAAGAGAGGAAGGAGCUCGAGAAGCAGGCGAAGCUAAAGGCUAUCGCAGAGGAGCAGGCGGCGAAAAUGAAAGAAUUGGAGGAGGAGAUGGAGAGAAAGAAGAAGGUUGCUGAAGAAGAAGCGGCAGCAGAAGAAGAAAAAGAGAGAAUGAGGAUUGAGAGUAGAGAGGGGAGUAGUGGCACGAAGAGAGAUACAAACGCAGAGAUGGAGAAGAAAAUAAGUGAGUGGGUCGCUAAUUUAUUGUUGGGAGAAGACGAGGAGGCGGAGUCGUAUGUGACUCAGGAUGAGAAGGAGGCGCUAGCCAAUGAGCUAGCAGCAAUGAAUGAUCCUAUGGAACGGCGAGAAAGGGAGGAGGAGCAGAAGUUGGCGUGGAAGUUAAGGAUGAAGAGGGAGAAGAAGAGGAGGAGAGAGGAAGUGAACAAACUGACCGCAGAGGUGGCAAAGGUACAGUAGUACAUGGAAGACGAAGCUGGAGCUAUGGCGCCACAGGCACUUGUUCAGCUGGAGGAGUGGGCACCUCAUCUCGCUGAAAAGCUGGAACUAUACCAGUGCCGGGAACCAAUUUUUGAUCACUUCGGCAUCGAGGACCAGAUCAAGAAUUUUUCACGCAAGAGGGUUGAGCUUCCAACAGGUGGUUAUCUGGUGAUUGAGCAGACAGAGGCACUGACAUCCAUUGAUGUCAACGGCGGGGCUUGUGUUCUUCGGCAGAACCUUCCAGAUCGAGAACAGGCUAUUGUCACCAUCAAUAUCGAAGCAGCCCAUAAGCAGACGAAGGAGUUGCAAGAAAGACUGCAGCAGGAGCAGGCCCUGCUAGCAGGACUUGAGCGGCAGGAAGCAGUUGAGCUAGAGGCUGCAACAGAUACUUCCAGAAGGGAGUACCUGUUGGAGCAGUUAAACAAGGUCCUGACAGAUGACCGCUGCUCCCAGGUGAAUAAGAACUUGGCGGAGUGGGAUCUUCUGGAGCACAAGGCCACCAGUUCUUAUUUCACUAACUGGGACGAUCGCAUCGGCCGUCUGGAGCGCAGGGUGGAUGACCUGGCAGCUCAGCAGUCCAAGAUACUGAAAGCAAUUCAGGAUCCGACUGCUGAGCUGUCAGCAGCCAAACUGAUUGGUCCCCAGUCUCCUGCCUCCUCGUUGAAACUCAAACCUUCUUCCUCUCCUCCUUCAACUCCCUCUGGUUGGCGGCAUUCUUCCCCUUCACCAUCUCCUUCCCAAAAAGCCUCAGCCAAACUCACCUUUGCUGCUGUUGUUGCAGGGGAUCAGAGAGGUCCCAAGAUCCCUGCCCCCAACAAAUUCAGAGGGGAUGACCCCAAGACUGAUGUUGGGGACUGGGCUGCAGGGACCAAGGCUUACUUGAGGGGCUUCAUAUGCCCAGAACAGACAAAGGUGGCUACACUUCUGGGACUGCUGGAGGGGCCUGCACAAAAGUGGGCUACCUCUACCUCCAGCGGUCUGCAGAAAACUAUGGAGGAUUGGGCUUUGGGAUUGGGGGUGGACAGUCUUCUGCAGGUGUUGGAAGACCGCUUUGCAGACAAGGAGCGGGCCCGCAAAGCUGCUGACAAGAUUGCUCGCUUGGGGCAGCUGCGCUACAGCGGUUCCCUGCAAUCCUUGUUUGCAGAGUUCGAGCAGUUGACUUCCACACCUGGUACCUUCCAGGCAGAGAUGCACCGCAUCUUCAGGCCUUACCUGGACAAGUUCAUGGUUGUCUACCUGGAUGACAUCCUGGUAUUCAGUAGAACUGCCAGGGAACAUGCGGAGCACCUAGCUCUUGUCCUUCAGUCAUUACAUGACAGCCAGUAUAAGAUUAACAGAGAGAAGUCCUCUUUUGGAGUUCCCUCUGUCAUCUAUCUGGGUCAUGUAAUCUCUGGAGAUGGCGCGACUCCUGAAGCAGCCAAGAUAGCUGCUAUUCAGGAGUGGCCACAGCCACAGACAGUGAGGGAUGUUAGGUCCAUCAUGGGUUUAGCCUCCUACUACAGAAAGUUUGUCAGGAACUUUUCUGCAGUGGCUGCACCCCUGACCAACCUAACAAAGAAAGACACUCCAUUUCUUUGGUCCCUUCCCUGUCAGUUGGCCUUCACACGACUCAAGAAGGCCUUGACUCCUGGACCUGUGCUGAAGCUACCUGACCCCACUCUGCCAUUUAUCCUGACCACUGACGGUAGGCAGUAUGGCGUUGGGGCAGUUCUUCAGCAGGAUGGUGGGAAUGGUCUACGACCAGUAGAGUUCAUGAGUAAGAAGAUCAAGACUCAGAAGCUUCAGGACUCUACCUACGAGAAAGAGUUGUAUGUUCUUGGCUCUGAUGUGCAGGCUGUUCGCGUUGGUGUGGCCAGCGUCUCGUUCAGAACCAGUAACUGAUAGUUUCUGUUGGGGGGCUGGGAUUGAUACUAAUUUCAUAGCUUAGACUUGCUACCCCCUUCUACGGUAUUGAGAACCCCUAGGCUCCCGUCAAGCACUAGUUUGGAGUCUAGCUUGGUGGGAUCUUAGGGGGCUGAGAGCAGUCUGGGUGUAGCAUUGCUGUUUUUGGGUAGGCCUGCAGUUGAGCCACUGAGUGAUGCUGGACGCCCGAAAUUCAUAUUAAAAAAAAAAAAAAAAAAAAAAAAAAAAAAAAAAAAAACGAAAAAACAAACAAACAAAACAAAACAGAUUUUAAUCU